GAGGUGAACAUUACAUCAGCCAAGACUGUGGUACAUGGUAAAAUCCCAUACGUACCCAUGCCAGCACCAUUUCCUGUUGACGAGCCAGAUGCUUGCAAGGGCCAAGGUCUUGAUUGCCCUUUACUUGCUGGAAAAACUUACACUUUCAAAACUCACCUUCCCAUAAAGAGCAUGUACCCUGCUGUAAGUACAAUGUAACGAGAAUUCAUCCUAUCACUCCCAGAAGUGAUUAACCCUUUAACCCCCAUGAGUGACCAAGACAGAAUUUCUCCUUACAAUAUCAAUACAAUAUCUACCAGAUAAGUGAUGAGAAUAAAGAAAAUAUCAAUUUGGGGAUAAUUAAUUGAUCCGAUGCUAAAUUCUCUGAACUAACAUCAUAAAAAUUGUAUGAUUGACAGUAAGGAGAAGUACAAAUUUGAUCUGGGAGUUGAAGGGUUAACAUCUAAUUUCUGUCUAUAAUGUUCAACAUUAUCCAGAAAACAGGUUAUGAGAAUACUCAAAUUCAUCAAGCCAAAGUUACCUUAGUCUGGUUAGAGGGAAAAUCUAGCAAUCAGAUUUUAUGAGUUGAAGAGUUAAACACAUGGACAUGGAGUAGAAAUUGACUUUCCAAUACGGUUUUAGUUGCCUUGUCUUAUAGUACCAGUCCAUAUUUCACCAUCAAAAUACCCAACUCAAUCUGAUGACACUUUUUAUUUCAGAUUCAAGUUGUUGUCAAGUGGGAAUUGCAUGACCAGGAUGAUAAAGUAGUCUACUGCUGGCAGAUUCCUGCUAGGAUUGUCAAUUAA